UUUCUCCUCCUCCGGCGGCCUGGAGGCAGGAAGGAAGGUAGCCUUUGCCGGAGCAGCGACCGCACCGGCUCCCGCUGUGGCUGCAGGGCCCGCCAUGGCCAGCCUCGCCCGAAGACGCCGGCGCCGCCGCCUCCUCCUCCGCCUGAAGGGGACUUCAACCUCAACAAGUCCACGCUGCAUUUGUGCCACUGGGUCGCCAGCCUUUCCCCGCAUCUUCAUGGAUGUCGUCUGGUCCAUUCCCUGCAAGCCCAGCUCUCUGACUCUGUGAAAGGUGGGGUGCCUGAUGCCGGUCAUCCCCAUUCCCCGCCGGGUCCGUUCUUUCCACGGCCCCCACACUACUUGCCUGCAUUCGGCUUGCGGGCCGGUAAGGACCACACACUUGGUGCGCACCAAGUACAACAACUUUGACAUCUACCUAAAGUCCCGCUGGAUGUAUGGCUUCAUUCGUUUCUUGCUGUACUUCAGCUGCAGCCUGUUUACCUCCAUCCUGUGGGUGGCGCUGUCACUCUUGUUUUGCCUCCAGUACUUCAGCAUCCGGGUCUUUCUACGGUUCCAGUAUAAACUCUCUAUUAUCCUGCUCUUGCUGGGGAGGAGGCGAGUGGACUUCAGCCUCUUGAAUGAACUGCUCAUCUACGGCAUCCAUGUCACCAUGCUCCUUGUGGGUGGGCUGGGCUGGUGUUUUAUGGUCUUUGUGGAUAUGUAAAUAAAAAAAGGUGCAUGUCCAUCAGAGAGGCAUGUUUGACUCGAAA